CAAGACCUUCAGUUCUCAUCUCUCCCCAAUCAUCGCCAACAUGAAGCUCCUCGUCUGCCACGGCUACGGCAUGUCCUCCGAAAUCUUCAAGGAGAUGUGCGGCAGUCUCACCAACGGCAUCGGCGCUCACCACGAAUACGUCUUCGUAGACGGUGAGGUCAAAGUCAACCGAUCUUCAAUGGCCGACUUCAUCCCAGGCCGACAUCUCGCAUACUGGGACGCAUGGUCCGCCGACGGCAUCCAAGCCGCCAACGAGCUGAUGGAGGAGACUCUCGCCGAGCACGGUCCCUUCGAUGGCGCCCUGGCAUACAGCCAAGGCGGAGCGUUCGUGCUUGGCUACUGCCUCCAGCACCUGAUCGAUCGUCCCGGCGUGCCAUUGCCGUUCAAAUUCGUCUGUUUCUUCGGCACCGCCGCCGCACUCUCCGCGGACCCGGAGUACAAGACGAAAGAAAUCAUGGCCGCUCUGAACCAACUCACCGACGAGGAGAAGGACGAACUCCAUGAGGGUUUCAUCAGCCAAAGGGAAAUCUUCAUCGCUCUCAUCGACAUGGUACAAGCAUCUCUCGGCGCGAGAAACUUCUUCGGCAUCGACGAGUCGGAUGAGACCAACGCCAUCGACGACGACUCGUACAAUCUCGAGGACUUUCCGCGCUUCUUCAACGCUGUUUACACCACGCAGAAAAUCAACAUCCCCACGGUUCACGUCCGUGGUCUACGCGACGACCCGGCACCGCUCAAGCUGGCGGAGCUGGCGCAGGAAAUGUGCGAUCCGACCAUGACGCAGCUCGUGAGGUAUGAUGGCGUGCACGAGAUUCCGCACAAGGCCGAGGAUGUGCUGCGCAUUCGCCAGGCGAUUGACAAGGCGUAUGACAACUCUCCUCACACUCCUCGACAUACACGCUAUUUCUUCUCCUCCUUUUCCGUCCUGCACAACCGUUCCGUCAAUCGUUUCUUUUGCACCUCAAUCUAUACCAUGAGUCCUAUGAUCGAGAACGCAGAGAUGGAGCCCAUCGCCAUCGUCGGCAUGGGCAUGCGCUUCCCUGGAGAGUCGCACUCCAGCGAGGAGUUCUGGGAUCUGCUCCAGAGUGGACGGGAUGGAUGGAGAACCAUCCCCAAGGACAGAUUCAGUACAGAAGGCUACUAUCAUCCCGAUCAAGCCCGCGCUGGCUCAAUUUUCGUCAAAGGCUCGCAUUUCUUGUCCGGCGAGUACGAGAAAGGCGCCAAGAUCAUUGACGCUCCAUUCUUCGGUAUGACCUCCGCCGAGGUCGAAGGCAGCGAUCCACAGCAGCUGCAUAUGCUGGAGGUCUCAUACGAGGCACUGGAGAAUGCCGGUAUCUCUGCAUCAUCAACAGCCGGCACUGAUACCAGCGUCUUCGUCGGCUGCUUUACCCGCGAUUGGGAAGCCAGAGGUGGCCGCGACCCAUACACUGGUCCCUUCUACGCCGCCACAGGAAACGGUAUGAGCAUGCUCGCCAACCGUGUCUCCUGGUUCUACGACAUGCGCGGCCCAAGUAUGACUGUUGAUACCGCCUGCUCAUCCUCACUCUACGCCGUCCAUCUUGCUUGCCAGUCUCUUCGUACCGGCGAGUCCAAGAUGGCCAUCGCAGGAGGCACCAACAUGAUUUGCGAUCCUUGCUACAUGCGCGACUUGACCGGGAUGGGGUUCUUGAGCCCCGAUGGGCGAUGCCAUUCAUUUGACCACCGCGCCAACGGUUACGGACGUGGUGACGGUAUCGGUGCGGUCGUGCUCAAGAAAUUGAGCAAGGCACUGGCGGAUGGCGACACUAUCCGAGCCGUUAUCCGAAACUCUGGUCUCGGUCAGGAUGGCCGCACGCCAGGUAUCACCAUGCCUUCACCUGAAGCUCAGGCGGACUUGAUCAGACAGGUCUACAAGGCUGCCGGUCUUGACAUGGAUCAGACUGCCUACUUUGAGGCCCAUGGCACAGGCACCCCCAUCGGUGACCCAUAUGAGCUUUCCGCCUUGGGCGCCACUUUCGGCGCCACUCGGACUGAGGCGAACCCCCUCUAUGUCGGCAGUGUGAAAGCCAAUAUUGGCCAUCUCGAAGGCUGCGCUGGUCUCGCCGGUCUGAUCAAGACUGUCCUCGUGGUCGAGCAGGGACAGAUUCCUCCCAUUGCAGAUUUCGAAAAGGUCAAUCCAAGACUGAAGUUGGACGAGUGGAAGGUCGCUCUUCCCACGUCUUUAGUUCCGUGGCCGAUUGCGGGUGUGCGCCGAGCUUCUGUGAACUGCUUCGGUUAUGGUGGAGCCAACUCGCACGUCAUCAUCGACGAUGCCUACCACUACCUCAAGUCUCACGGCUUGACCGGACACCACCAGACUCUACUCGGCCCGCUCGAUACUCCGGAGGUUUCAGACGGUUCGGACUCUGGCUUCAGCUCCGGUGCUUCCUCGCCAGGCGACGAUGUCGAGAAAGAGUUGCUGCAGCCCAAGCUUCUGGUUGUUUCUACCGUCGACCAGGCGGGUCUCCAGCGAAACGCAGCGGCACUGGCAAAAUACGUACAGGACAACCAAGAACAGGUGGAGAACAUCGAGUUCUUGCAGAACCUCGCGUACACUCUUUCCUCCAGACGCUCCACCUUCGACCACCGAUCAUUCGUUGUGGCCCGCUCAGCUUCCGACCUUUCGCAACAAUUGCAGGCUCCUCUGACCAAAUUGCGCCGUGGCGCCAAGAACAACAACACAUUCUUCUUGUUCACUGGUCAAGGCGCGCAAUGGGCUACCAUGGGCAAGUCGCUCAUGGCGUUCAAGACUUACCGCGACAGUCUACAACGUGCCCAGACCGAGCUGAAGCGCCUCGGCUGCACCUGGAACCUCAUCGAAGAGCUCAGCGCCAGCAAGGAGACUUCACGCAUCGACCAGCCAGAGUUCAGUCAACCUCUUUGUACUGCUCUCCAGCUCGCUCUCGUCGAUUUGCUGGCUGAGUGGAGUCUCACUCCCAAGUCGGUCGUUGGACACAGCAGUGGAGAAAUCGCAGCAGCCUACACCGCCGGCUUCCUCGCCCACGAGCAGGCCAUCAAAGUUUCCUACUGCCGUGGUCUCUUCUCCGCUGACGUGGAGCGUCGCAUGGGUACCACCAAAGGCGCCAUGAUGGCAGUCGCUCUGUCCGAAGCUGAGGUUCAGCCUUAUUUGGCCAUGGUACCGCCGGAAUCCGUCGUCGUCGCCUGUGUCAACUCUCCCGACAGUGUCACAUUGUCCGGCGAUGAGACUGCCAUCGACGUUCUCGAGAAGAAGCUCCAGGAUCUCUCCAUCUUCGCGAGGAAAUUACGAGUGAAGACCGCGUACCACUCUCCGCACAUGCGCUGCAUUGCUGAUGACUACCUGGCUGCCAUGCACGAUAUCGAGGUGGCGACCACUACGCCUAAGGCGACCAUGUUCUCCUCCGUCACUGGCGGUACGAUCCUCAGCGCGGCCGAUGUGGACGCUUCGUACUGGGUUAAGAACAUGUUGGGAUGUGUCCGAUUCUCCGAUGCCGUUCAGGCUCUGGUGACGCAACCUGCUACGACUCCCGGUAAGGCCAAGACUCGCCGCAAGCUUCCUGUCGUCUACUCGGCCGUGGUGGAGAUCGGUCCCGCCGAGGUGCUCAAAGGACCUCUGCUGCAGAUCCUCAACGCUGUCGAUGGAAAGCUGGCUACUUCGGUGCCUUACACGGCCCUCCUUUCUCGCAAUGUGGAUGCCGCUCAUUCUGCACUGACCGCGGUCGGGAAACUGUGGGGACACGGUAUUACCGUCGACAUUCAUAAGCUCAACUUUCAGACCGAGCCUGCGAGUCCACUCCAGUCUCUGGCGUGCCUGCCGCCCUACAGAUGGAACCACAAGUACUACGAGCACACCAGUGCGUACGCCAAGACGGUUCUCAACCGCGAAAAGCCACGAACCGAUCUCCUUGGAUUCGUCGUCGACACGGCCUCCGCCACCGAGCCGAGAUGGCACAAUUACAUCCGUAUAUCUGAGCAGCCUUGGCUGAGUGAUCAUCGCGUCCAGAACAACGUCCUCUAUCCCGGCGCCGCCAUGGUCGUGCAGGCCAUCGAAGGUGCACGCACGCUGGCCGACCCGCAUAAGACCCUGAAGGCGGUUGAGGUGCGAGACAUCGUGUUCAAGAAGGGCCUCGUGAUUCCGUCCGGCGACGGCUUUGCCGAGACUGAGAUCCACUUGAAGCCAACAUCAUCGCACUCUACCACCGAGACUGCAUGGACGUUUGAGGUAUACUCUCGCAACGGCGACGAUCCGUGGAACACGAUGUGUACUGGAACCGUGUCCCUCCUCUACAACGGCGACGACUUUGGCGAAGGUGCUCGGGAGUGGCAGUCUGAAUCCGCUCUGUAUGAUGACAUCCGCAAGCGUGCUUGCAGAGUCAUCAAGCCAAAGACGUUCUACAAGCUCUUCGACGACAAGAUGGGUCUGCAGUACGGUCCACUGCACCGCAAUGUCACCAAGGCAGUGUCUGGAUUCGGUGAAGGCCAUGGUGUUCUCACUGUGCCCGACACCAAGUCUGCCAUGCCAUCGGAGUUUGAGUACCCUCAUCUCAUCCACCCGGCAACCCUGGACGCCAUCUUCCACCUGCAGGCUCUGGGAUACCUUCACAGCCUGUCUGGUAAUGAGACUCUGGUUCCGAUCAGCAUUGACAGCAUCUACGUCGCCGCCGAUGUGACUACAGCGCCUGGAACUGAGCUGCAUGGAUACAGCAAGGGUGAUCAAAGCGGCUCCGGCGACACUGUCGGCGAUAUCGUGCUGUCUGAUGAUGCUUGGGAGGCGCCAAAGGUGGUUGUCCGCCGCUUCUUGUCCCGCGACAUCUCGGCUACCUCUGCGGCUUCAUCUGACAGUGGAUCCCGCAAGUGCACUCGCAUGGAUUACAUCCCUCUUCACCAAGGCGACGUCCAAGUCACGCCUGAGCACAGCGACGACGGCGAACAGGCAGUCAUCAUUGAGCCCGAAACGCCAUUGCUCAAGCUUGACGAGCUCGUCAUCCUUCACGCCUUCAAGGAGUCUGUCGAGUUGCCACUAUUGGUCGCGGAGCUUCAAGCAAGACUCGCAUCUUCGUGCACUACUAUCACAACAUUGCACCCGGAGUCGAUCAACUUUGAGAGCAUUAAAGGCAAGGUCGUCUUAUCGCUUCUUGAAAUCGAAGAGUGCUAUGUUGAUGGCUGGACCGAGAAGCAGUUCUCUUGGCUCCGCGAUCUUGCCUCCAACGCCGAAUGUAUCCUAUGGGUUACUCGUGGUGCGGAUGUCGGCACGGCCGAGGGCUUGAGAUUCGCUAGCACGACUGGUCUCUUGCGGACGAUCCGUGUUGAAAAGCCUCAGCUUCGCCUCUUCCAGCUUGACCUUGAUGGCAAGGAGAAGAUCUCGGACGACCACAGCAUUGACUUCAUUGUCGACGCUUUUGAGUCUUCCGUUCUGUCUUCCGCAAAGGCUGUUGAGCAGGAGUUUGUCCAGAUCGGCGACAAGCUGUGUGUGCCUCGCCUUGCGACUGAUGAGAGCUUCCACGCCGAACUUCAGCAGGGUGUUGCCAGUGUUCCUGUGGAGCAGACGCUGGAGUCGCUGGAUUACCCAGUCCGAGCUGUGGUCUCUCCCGACACUCAUGCUUUGCACUUCAUCAAGGACGAAGGCAAUGAUGAACCUCUUGCCGAUGACGGUAUUGAAGUCCAGCCGUCCGUGGUCAUGCUCAGCUCUGCCGAGUUCACGCCCGGAAACACCGUUGGCCGAGAUGCCGUUGGCAUCGUGACUGCCAUCGGAGCCAAGGUCACAGAAUACAGCGUCGGAGACAAGGUCAUCGUCUGCGCGAAAAACUCUCUCCGCAGCCGCCUGCGGGUUUCGGAAGGCUUUGUGCGACCACAACCCAGUUUCAUCGCGGACGCCGUGGCUGUGAACCUGCCGUCAGCCAUCACCACUGCAUACUUGUCCGUCAUCGAGCUGGGCAAGAUCAAGAAGGGCGAUUCGAUCCUUAUCACAACGGAAUCUGGCUCCAACACUGCUGCCAUCAUCUUGUUGUCCCAAUACCUUGGAGCCACGCUUUAUGCCUCCUACAACACAGCUUACGAGCGUCGCUGGCUGGUGGAGCACAUGGGUCUGGAGGACGACAAUGUUGUCCAGAUCAACCGCGGCGACAGGUUCAAGCAAGCUCUGUUCCGUCGCACCGGCGGCCGUGGCGUCGACUUGGUCGUGUCCUCUGUCGCGGAUGGCGCUGCGCACUACACGGUCAACUGUCUUGCUCCGUUCGGUCGCUGCGUCAGUCUUGGCUCGGGCGCUGUCCUUUCUUCCUCCGCUGCUCUUGCGCAAGGUGUGAUUGUCACAAACUUGGACCUUGAUUACCUCCGCGAGACGACUCCAAGUGAGAUUUCGAGAGUCUACCAGACUGCGUGGGCUUUGGCUCAUCAGGGCAUCUUCCACAUUCUGCCACCGAAGAGAAACCAGGAUCUGUCCGGUUUCAACGGCAUGACUCCUCUGCCGGAGAACCUCUCGAUGCCGGGAGGAAUGGCCGUGAACGUCGAUCCGAAGAACGUCAUUCUCGCUGUUCCGGCUCCACCGCCGACUCUGGCGCUCGAUCCAGAGGCCACGUAUGUCCUCGCAGGUGGACUCGGCGGUAUCGGUCGCUCCAUUGCUGAGACCAUGUUCGCAGCAGGCGCUCGCAAUAUCUCGUUCAUCUCUCGCUCCGGUGCCAAGACGGAAGAGGCGAAGACUCUGCUUAACUCGCUGCGGCUUCGCGGUUGCAAUGCCAAAGCAUACCCAUGCGAUGUGUCUUCUCAAGCUGCCGUUGCUGGGUUCGUGCAGGCUUCUCUGGACCGUGGCGAGAAGAUCAAGGGUGUUGUGCAAGCUGCUAUGGUGCUUGAGGACUCUGUCUUUGACAACAUGACUUUUGAUCAGUGGACGAGGUCUACCCAGCCGAAGAUCACUGGUAGCUGGAACUUGCACACUGAGCUACCCAAGGAUAUGGACUUCUUUAUCAUGUUGUCGUCCAUGGCGGGCAUCAUUGGUAACCCUGGACAGGCCAACUACUCCGCCGCCGGAACCUACCAAGACGCCCUCUCCGUGCACCGCCGCAAGAACGGCUUCAACGCAACGACCAUCGACCUGGGCAUUGUCUCCGACGUCGGCUACAUCGCCGAGAAUCCCGAGCAAUUCGAACGCCUCCGCUAUCUCAAACCCCUCUUCAUCUCCGAGCGCGACCUCCGCCUCCUCCUCUCCGCCGCCAUGCUUGGUACCACCCGCAACGGCCUUCCCGUCCCACCUCAAGUCGUCACCGGUGUCGGCAGCGAGCUAAUGCAAGACGGCAGCAUCGGCUCCGCCAUGGCUGCUGAUCUCAAGUACACCAACCUCCACGGCGCCAGCGGCGAUGACUCGGCCAAUGCCGGCGAGGACGAGCAAGCCCAGGAAGCGCUCAAGGCGUGUACCAGUCUCGCUGCCGCUGCGGAUGUUGUCGAGGGAGUCUUUGCGGCGAAUAUCGCAAAGGCGACGGGUAUGGAGCCUGAGGAUGUGGACAUGGAGAAGCCGAUGCAUUCUUAUGGUGUGGACUCUCUCGCGGCGGUGGAGGUCAGGAAUAUGAUCUUCAGGAAGUUCAGGGCGGAGGUCAGUGUGUUUGAUUUGUUGAGUACGAUGGCUUUGAGGAGGUUGGCGAUUAAGGUCGUGGCGAGCAGUAAGUUGCCGAAGAGUGAGGUGCAGAUGUCGGCGCAGGAGAAGGCGGCGGAGAGUGAGGAUUGA